GUAUGCCGUUGGUGGUUCGGUGUCUAGGGUGGAGAAGGGUUAGAGGGAGACUGGCAUCUUAUUCCCGGACCUAGUGGCGGGCUGCCUAUCUGGCUCUCCGGCCAGACGGCCAUGGGAGCGGAGAGCAGUGCGGCGAGGUCCCCCCGUCUGGAAGAGCCGCCGGUAACCUUGCCCGGUGGUCUCAGCGUAUACCGAGCGACGCUGGACGAAGAACAGCUGGCAUCCGUGUUCGUCUAUCAGCGGGGUAAUGAGGACACUGUCAACAAGGCCGCAAAGCAUCUGAAAACCUUGCGUCACCCAUGCUUGCUGAGGUUCUUAUCGAGCACAGUUGAAGCUGAUGGCAUUCACUUGGUUACUGAGCGAGUGCAGCCCCUGCAUAUGGUGCUGGAAGAUGUCUCUGCAGAUGAGAUCUGUGCUGGAAUUUAUGACAUCCUUCAAGCACUUAUCUUCCUCCAUGACAGGGGGAAACUGAGCCACAAUAAUAUAUGUAUUUCAUCUGUGUUUGUGAGUGAGGAUGGUCACUGGAAGCUGGGAGGAAUGGAGACAAUGUGUCAUUUCUCUCAAGCAUCUCCUGAGUUCCUGUCCAGUAUCAAGUCAUUGAGAGAUUUGAGUGGAAUAGCUCCAGAGGAACAGUCCUCAGGUUUUCAGAUUCUUCCUGAAUCGCAUGGACAUGCCCGAGAUGCUUACUCAUUUGGGAUGAUGGUUGCAAAACUCCUACCUUUGCUUAAUGAUAUGGUUGCAGAACAUUUGCUAGCAAAAUUCCAGGAAACUUUAAAUGCCACUCUUCUUAACCCAGACCCAAUGCAACGGCUGUGUUUGCGUAGUUUAUUGUCUCAUGCAUUUUUCAGCAGGAAUGAAUUCUUGGAAAUUGUAAAUUUCUUACAAAGUUUGACACUAAAAACUGAAGAAGAAAAGAAUGAGUUUUUCAAAUUUCUGUUGGAUCGAGUCCAGGCCUUGCCUGAAAGUCUUAUGGCUUCUCGUCUGGUGCCACAAUUGCUAACUCCACUGGUCUUUGCAGAACCAGUGGCAAUCAAAAGCUUUCUUCCUCACCUACUCAGGCCAAAGACAGAUGCAUCUGGUGAUGAAUUCAGUUGCCUCCUGUCACCCAAUGCCUUUCGAGAGCAUGUGAUCCCUGUUCUGUUGAAACUCUUUAGCGUGCGGGAGGAGCAUGUACGAAUGGUGCUCUUGGCUCACCUAGACACUUAUGCAGAUCUUUUCUCACUUGAAGACCUACAAGAAAUUAUUCUUCCACAGAUAUUGCUAGGACUGAGAGAUACUAGCAACACGCUGGUAUCAGGAACACUUUCCAGCCUUGCAGUAUUGGUGCCACUUCUUGGAGCUGAGGUGGUAGUUGGAGGUGAAAGAGCAAAGAUCUUCAAACGUGCCACACCCAACUUCAAAUCAACUGAAAUAACCCCUGAAGGUUCCCCUACACAUGUCAUCAACAGUAAUGAGCAUCUUAGUCUACUGGCUUUAAGCAAUUCUGUUAAACCAUCUUCAAAGAAGUCUGAAUUGGAGAAGAAGUGUACAAGGGGGAGGGAGAAAGUCCGAGCAAACUCCACUGAAAAUUUCCAGCCUGUAAAGUUUCAGCUAUUGACAACACAAGCCCAGUAUAAAGAACAAACAGCCAUAACGUCCAUUAUUGGUAUUCGUGGGAAUGAAAUUUUGGGUGUUGAUAGUGCACAAAGCUCAAUGCACACCCACAACUGUGCAGAAGAUUGGCCAGACUGGAGCAAGCCGAACAAUGAAAUACUGCUUAAGCCUAAAAAAGAUUGCAUUCUGGCAGGAAACAGUUUUGGGAAUAUUACAGUUGAUGACGAACCAUGGGAUGACUUUGAAACUGAAGAUGGUCAAUCUAAUGCAAUAACAGAGGAACAGGCAGUUAAUCCACAUAUAUCUAAUUUAUCUCCUUUUGAGAAUAAAUCUCAGUCCAAGGCCAUGAAACUUUCUUCAGCACUGAAAAUCCAUUCAGAAAUGCCUGGUGAGAGUUGGAAGAAUAACUGUAAAGAGCAGAAAGUUUUGGUAGAGGAAAAGAGAAAAACAAAUUCUAUUGCACAGAUACCCUCCAGGCAGAGGACCACAAUGAAGAAAACAUCUUUGAAUGAUGAGCUGGGAGAGGAAUUCACCAUUAGUGUCAAGAAAAGGCCAGAGAGAGACCCUGAACUAGAUCUCUUUGCUGAUAUGAUACCAGAUAUUAAACUGUCUUCCACUGGCUUGUUAGUGCCAACACAGGGAUCAGAGUUGGCUGGUUCUGCCAAAGAAACUGAAGUAGCUUCAAGAGGUACAGAGAUGUUGACAGAAAGAGACAAUUCACAAACUUUAGCACUUGCAUCAAAGUUUGCUGCAACAGACACAGUUGAGAUGGAAACCGAAGGCUGGGAUGAUGAUCUGAAUUGGGAGGAUAAUACUUGGUAGAAAACAUUUACCAAGCAAAGAUUUAUUUAGAUACUUAAAUUUCCUUCCUCUCUAAUAUCUUUGACCACACUUUUAAGGCCAUUGCCAAGCAGCUAGGCUUUUGUUCUGUUCAGUAAAUAUCCAAUGUAGCUAGCUGGAAUAAAGAAUGGAGUCUGAAGUACCCAGAGAGCAAUGAGGAACUACCCAGCAGCAUCAGCUGUAUGCUUGCUAGUGUUUACUGUAAGUUAUUUUAGAGAUGUCUGUUAACUCUUGUGAAGAUGUUUUAUUCAAAUAUUAUAUGGAGGGGUGGGGAAAAGAAAGAUACACUGGUGGUUUCAGUCUGGCCUAUAUUUCCAUCUGUGGAAAGUUCUAAACAAUUGAUCCAAUGCAAAAAAAAAAGUCUAGUUCUGAUUUUGGUGUUAAGUACUGAGAAUUACAACUUACAGUUAUGAAUUUACAUUUCACCUUAAAUACAGUUUAAAGCUGGAACUCACCUCACUUGAUAUGGGAAUAAUGGUUUCCUGGAGUUCAUCUGAUUCAGAAGUCACACUGGUUAGAGUUGGUGUGAAAAUGAAGCCACUAAUGAUAGAUACUAAAUCUGGAGGUCUAUCUUUUCAACAGCCUUAACAACGUAUUGACCAACUUGGAGCAAAAUCUUGCAACUAUUUACAGUAACCCUUAUUGAAAUGUAUUUCCUAUUUAAUGAGUUUUAUGUAGCAACAUGAGCACCUAAAGACUCAAGGUACAGAAGGGAAAGUCAAAAGGUGGAAGAAAAAAAGGUAAAUUUUCAAGCCCAGUAUUGCAGCAAGGUUAAAACUUCCUCCAAUAAACAUCAGUAACAUAGUUGUCGUCGUGGCUAUCCUUCGAGGUCAAGCAUGAUGGUCUUCGUUCCAUUGAUCUAUCUAUGGGCUGUCAAGUGGCUUAUGAGUCCAAUCUUGGCUUUGAAAGUUCUUCCGCAUUCAGGACAGGUAGUUCCAGAUGGCAGAUCAGGCUUUGGUUGUUGCUGCAUUUCUUUCCAUUUUCUUCUCUUCUAAUUCUGCACAUCUGUUGGCUUCGAAAGUUGCUGUUCCUUCUUGGAUGAUGGCUUGCCAGAGUUUCCUGUCUUUGGCAUUGGUUUCCCAAUUGUUGAUGUCGAUGUUACAUUUCUUCAUGUUGGCUUUUAAGAUGUCUUUGAAUCUCUUCUGUUGUCUGCCUCUUUUACGUUUGCCACCUUUAAGCUGGGAGUAGAAAAUUUGUUUCGGCAGACGUUCGUCUUUCAUCCGAACAACAUGACCACUCCAUCUUCGUUGGUUCUUCUAUCUUCCCAGCUGAUAUUUGAGAUAAACACAAAAUAUUCUGCAGAUGCUGGGGUCAAAGCAACACUCACAACAAGCUCGAGGAACUCGGCAGGUUGGGCAGCAUCUGUGGAAACGAUCAGUCAACGUUCCGGCCCGGAACGCUGACUGAUUGUUUCCACGGAUGCUGCCUGACCUGCUGAGUUCCUCCAUCUUGUUGUGAGUGUUGCUGAUAUUUAAGAUGUUUUGAAGGCAGCGUUGAUGGAACUUUCAAGUGCCUUCAGAUGUCGUCGGUAUGCUGUCCAGGUUUCUGAUGCAUACAGGAGUGUUGGGAUCACCACUGCUUUCUACACUAACAUUUUGGUGUCUGUUUGAAUGUCAUGAUCAUGAAAGACUCUUGUAUGGAGACGUCCAAAAGCUGCUCCAGCGCAUUUAAGACUAUGUUGGAUCUCGUCAUUAAGGUCGACAUUGGAGGAGAGGGUGACUUCCAAGAUACGGAAAGUGGUCCACGUUUUCCAGGUAGUUUUGCCAAGUUGAAUUGAUGGUUCUAUCCGAUUUGUCUCAAUUGGUGACGGUUGAUAGAUGAUCUGAGUCUUCUUGGAAUUUAUGGUAAGUCCAAGUUUAGUCUAUGCACGGUUGUAGGUGGUUUUCUGAGAGAGCUGCAACACUGUUGUCAUCUGCGUAUUGGAACUCGAUGAGGAAACUUCUGCAUAUCUUGUUUCUGGACUUGAGACGGGCAAGAUUGAAAAGUCUGCCAUCUGUUCUGUACACAAUUUCGAUUCCUGGGGGUAGGUCGUCCUUGAUGAUGUAACAUAGUACUCAAAUCUUGUGGUAUUAUGAUCCGGAAUCAAAAUUAUAACUAUAAAAAUGUGUCAUUCUGGCCACUACUUUUCAGGACAUUGCCAGAUAACCACAUAUUUUAAUAUGUUUACUUAAGGCCCCUUUACAUACUUGAAUGCCAAAUAGAAAACUUAAAUCAAGGGCUUGAUCUGUUUCACACUCUUCAAAGGUGAGGGACAUUAGAGAUCUUAAUUACAUUUUGUUUUAUAAUUGUGGUUAUUUAGUUUUGUUGAUUUACAUUGAGAAAAUAAAUUCUUCUAAACGAAGAUUUGGGUGUAUUUUCUGAAUGUGGAUACUGAAGGGAGAAAUUGAUCACUGAAAUUAAGGUUAACAAUUAGCUUUCUCAAAGAAAAAAAACUGCAUACUAGAAAGAGAUUCUUUUUUCAGUAGCUAUACAAGCCUGCUUUCAUGGAAGUUUGACCCAACCACCUUCACUAUCUGGCUGCUGAACUUUGGAAUCUUGUACUUGGGCCAAAGAGAUGGGCAUUGAAGUAAUCUGGUAAUGGCCCCAUAACAAAAUUUAAUGGAACAAGGUAAAACAUUAGCCUUGCAUUAUUAUGGUACAACUUUAAAUUGUGUUAGAUCGAAACUUCUUGAUGGGUGGAUAUCAAAUAAAGGUGAAUGGACUUAACCUGAAAACUGCUCAAAUUUCAUAAGUAAUGCUAAUAAGAAACUAAGUGAUAAUGAGAGAAGUAUGGAGGGAAAAGAUUUGCCUCUUCUAUGAUACUAUGAGCUAAAAAUUAGAAUCAUUUUAUGCCUUAAAUGUUGGGUUGAGAUUUCCAGAAAACCAAAGAGUACUUUUACUAUUCCUUAAUGGGGAAAUACUGAAUAAAGACCUUGUUUUGAGUUCAAGGAAUUAAAACUGUAAUGCAAAAUGCUCAAGAUAGAGCACUAUUUAUUUACUUAUUUAAACAAAACUGUUUAUAAUUUGAAAUUCUACACACAAUUUAUGAAAAUAUCAUACAUGAAACUAAUUUCAUGCUUAUUGGCAUUGCUAACCAAAAUGGCCAUCAAAUACAGAGCUGGGAACUGAUUCAGUAGAAAAUUGAAAGUGAAUAUUGAUAUCCUAAUUCUGUUCCUGAAAAUACUGGGAAGAGUAACUGUAAUUUUGCUUCCAUUUCUUACUUUGCUUAUCCUUCUGUUUAUUUGAUGUUUGAAUCAGCAGUUGUGUACUUUGCAAUAUUACUUCGGCCUGAUUGCACUACAUUAAGUACGUAACCAUUUCUAUUACAUUCUAAUGACACAGGCUGUUUAUGUUACAGCAUGGCUAUGUUGCCAACCAUUGCCUGAGGAUGUAGUGACAAAAUACCGUUUGACUUAUUUAAAUAUAUGCGUGUGAGCCAGAUUGUUAACACCAAAGGUUAAUAUACUAAGUACACUGAAUGAAACACUUUCAUGGAGCAGCGAAGUAGGAAAUAUUUUGCUGGGUGAUCUGAUUCUUUAAAUGUAAUUCAUCCUCAGUAUCCUGGCUGUUGAUAUUAAUGUCUAAUACUGAUCAUUUGCAAAACCAGAAUUUCUCACAUCAAAUGGUCUUUGAAUUUAUUUAAUGUAUUGAGGCACUGGACACAAUUAGUAAUUAGUUAAAAGCAGAAGUAAUUUGCAUGUAUUUGGAGAGGUAACGAUCCUUCUCUUGUAAUAUACCAAAUUAGACUAAUUUCAGUUUAAAGUCAACUGAUUCUUUCUCUAAUUGUAGAAAGUUGAACCCCAGGCUGAAAUUGCUGUUAUAAAAGAUGAUUUUGUAAAAAUUAGUAUGUUCAAAUGUAUAUUUUUGUACAAUUAAAGAUCAUUUUAUAAAAGAUACUUAACAGUCUAAACACUGAUAGUUUUCUACUCAUUAUAAUAGUAAGAAUAUUCAACACUUCAAUUUUACAUGUCUUUAAUAAUGGAAUAUUUU